CCCCCGCGGCCCGGAGUCCGUCCCUUCUCCUUCGGCUCGGCGGGCCCGACGAGUCCCGAGGGGCUGUCGCGGGAGGUCCUGCUUCAAGAACCCGGAGGCAGAAUAGGUCGUACAGGCCAAAGAACGGGGCUCAGGUCUGUGCUCCGGGAAAGCGCUGCCACGGCUUUGAGAGUCCGUCCCACAGUCAGCGAACUGGAGGUCUCCCCAGAUGCUGAGUCAGCGCUCCGCGCCCUCCCAGAAGACCGUCGCUGGGCGCCCUGGCCAUGGCGUCCGCAGCAGCGCCGGUCACGUUCAGGGAGUUCUGCCCCCUGUACUACCUCCUCAGCGCCAUCCCCUCGAAGGUCCAGAAGGGCUUCCGCUCGGUGGCGGUCUACCUGACGGCCCUGGACGCCAGCGGGGACUACAUCGCCGUGGGCAGCAGCACCGGCAUGCUCUACCUGUACUGCCGGCGCCUCGGCCGGAUGAGGAGGUACAGCUUCGAGGGGAGAGCGGAGUCCAUCACUGCGGUGAAGCUGCUGAGCUGCUUCGACGACCUGGUGGCCGCAGGCACCGCCUCCGGGAGGGUGGCCGUUUUCCAGCUGGUGUCGGCACUGCCCGGGAGGAACAAGCAGCUGCGUAGGUUUGACGUCGCCGGCAUCCACAGAAGCAGCAUCACAGCGCUGGCCUGGAGCCCCAACGGCAUGAAGCUGUUCUCUGGGGACGGCAGAGGGAAGGUCGUCUACUCUUCUCUGGACCUGGACCAGGGCGCCUGCAGCUCCCACCUGGUGCUGGAAGAGCCGUCCUCAGUUGUGCAGCUGGACUACAGCCAGAAGGUGCUGCUGGUGUCCACCUUGCAGCGAAGCCUGCUGUUCCACACUGAAGAGCAGUCCGUCCAGCAGGUUGGGGCCCAGCCAAGGAAAAGCACAGGGAGGUUUGGUGCGUGCUUCAUACCAGGACUUUGUAAGCAGAGCGACCUCACCCUGUACGCGUCGCGGCCGGGGCUCCGGCUAUGGAAGGCCGACGUCCACGGGACGGUUCAGGCCACGUUCAUCCUAAAGGACGCCUUCGCCGCGGGAGCCAAGCCCUUCGAGCUGUACCCGCGCCGAGAGCCCUGGGACCAGGCGAGUGGCUGCGGACCUGAGAAGCACCUGGGGCUCGUUUCGUGCUUCUUCCAGGAAGGCUGGGUGCUGAGUUGGAACGAGUACAGCGUUUACCUUCUAGACACCGUCAACCAGGCCACAAUCGCUGGUUUGGAAGGAUCAGGUGAUAUCGUGUCUGUUUCCUGCACAGAAAACGAAAUAUUUCUCUUAAAGGGAGACAGGAACAUCAUAAGAAUUUCAAGCAGACCGGAAGGACUGGUGUCAGUAGCGCGAGACGGUCUCGAGACGCCAGGAUGCGCAGAGCAGGUCCCCGCACAGCAUGCGGAGAAGCCGCCGGGGGAUGCGUCCUGUGAGGCGAGGCUCAGGGGCGCUUCCGUGGCCAGCUCUGCGGCCAGCGAGCCCAGGAGCAGGAGCGGGUCCCUCACUUCCACUGACAGUGGCUCUGGGCCCCAGGCGGCCCCGGAGCUCGGCAGGGACAGCCCACCCGCCUGCCAGCGGUUCAGUGUCAUUAGCUCGGAAGACUUCGACCAGGAGCUCGUGGUGCAGCCUCUCAAAGUUAGGAAGAAGAAGAGGAAGAAGAGGGCAGAAGGCGGAAGCAGGGACACCUGGCACAGCUCCCUGGAGUCGACUCCCUGCUGUGAGUUUCCCGGCGACAGUCCCCAGUCCUUGAACGCAGACCUGCUGUCUGCGACCUCGAGUCUGGGUCAGUUGAGCACAGAGUCUGCCGACCCGGAGAGCAACCUCAGUGCUGAAGUGAAUGGUGUCCUGCAGGACCAUAGUGACCCGGAGGCAUUUAGUGUCCUGGGGGUGUCUGAGCCCGCCCCUGACCUACUCAGUGAAGAUGACAACAGGAUGGCAACCCCACGCUGGACCCAGGCAGGCGAGAUGGGGCCCCACAGUGAGGUGCUGAGUUUGCCGUUGCAGCUGGGGGAAGUCGUGGAGGGCGGUGACGUCACAGAACCCAAGGAGGAGCCUUGUCCUGCGCACGAUGGACCCGAUAGCAGGCCGUCACCUUGCCCAGAACAGGAUAGCUCUGCUGAGUCCCAGGAGGUGGGGGGCCUGGAGCCUGAGGCCCCCCAGAGCACACUGUGUGAGGCCCCUCUCCUGGCCUUGCCCCCAGUGCCUUCCAGCCUCAGCUGGGCUUCCGGUGCUCAGGGGGGGCCGCUGGAGACCAGAGCUGACCAAGGCGGCACCGAGCAGACCGGCCAAGGGCAGGGUCUCCUGAUGCAGGUGGAGGCUCCUGGCCCCCUGGGCUCGAAGCCCUGGCCUGUGGUCGUUGGCAGUGACACAGGCCAGAGAGCAGGGGCUACUUCCGAAUGUGACUUGGGGAGUGGGGGCGGACGAGGAAUGCCCCCGGUCUCUGCCUUGGUGGCCAGCACCUAUGAACCUCACCUCGAGCACCCUUCACGAGAUCAGGCGCUGACGUCCAGUGACGAAGAGGAUAUCUACGGCCGUGGGAUGCCCUCGUCAUCCUCAGAGACCAGCGUGGCGGAGCUCGGAGGCAGCCGCUCCCUGCAGGACCUGAGCCGGCCGGCCCCGGAGGACACCGGGCUGCUGAAGGCAGAUCAGUUUGCAGAAAGCUGGAUGGGCUACUCUGGCCCCGGCUACGGCAUCCUCAGCCUGGUGGUCUCCGAGAAGUACAUUUGGUGCCUGGACUACAAGGGCAGCCUCUUCUGCAGCGCCUUGCCAGGCGCCGGGCUGCGCUGGCAGAAGUUUGAAGAUGCCGUCCAGCAGGUGGCAGUCUCGCCCUCAGGGGCCCUCCUCUGGAAGAUCGAGCAGAAGUCGAACCGAGCUUUCGCGUGUGGGAAGGUGACCAUCAAGGGCAAGCGGCACUGGUACGAGGCGCUGCCCCAGGCUGUGUUUGUGGCGCUGAGUGACGACACCGCCUGGGUCGUCAGGACCAACGGGGACCUGUACCUGCAGACAGGUCUCAGUGCGGAUCGCCCCUGCGCCAGAGCCGUGAAGGUCGACUGCCCAUGCCCACUGUCGCAGGUGGCGGCCCGCGGCGGCGUGGUGUGGGCGCUGACCGAGCAGCGAGCCCUGCUGUACCGUGAAGGCGUGAGCAGCUUCUGUCCUGAGGGGGAGCAGUGGAAGUGUGACGUUGUCAGUGAGAGGCAGGCUCUGGAACCUGUGUGCAUAGCCCUCGGGGACCAGCAGACGCUGUGGGCGCUGGACAUCCACGGGAGCCUGUGGUUCCGGACCGGCGUCGUGUCCAAGAGGCCUCAGGGGGAGGACGAGCAUUGGUGGCAGGUGAGCAUCACGGACUACGUGGUGUUCGACCAGUGCAGCCUGUUCCAGACCAUAGUGCACGCCACACAGUCUGUGGCCACGGCGGCCCAGGUGCCCGUGGAAAAGGUGGCGGGUAAACUGCGCACGGCGUUUUGGUCGCAGCAGCUUCAGUGCCAGCCGAGCCUCCUGGGUGUCAACAACAGCGGCGUCUGGAUCUCCUCGGGCAAGAACGAGCUCCAUGUGGCCAAAGGAAGUCUGGUCGGCACCUACUGGAACAGUGUUGUUCCCCGUGGCACAGCCUCUGCGACAAGAUGGGCCUUCGUGCUGGCCUCUGCUUCGCCCACAAAGGAAGGAAGCUCCCUGUGGCUGAGCCAGGGCAGCAAGGACCUGUGCAGCAUCAGUGCCCAGGAUGCCCGGUCCCGCCCGUCCACGCUGCAGCUGCCUCCCGACGCCGAGAUGAGGGCCUUCGCCGCCUGCCAGGACGCUUUGUGGGCGCUGGACAGCCUGGGCCAGGUGUUCAUCAGGACGCUGUCCAAGAGCUGUCCCACCGGCAUGCACUGGACGCGGCUGGACCUUUCGCAGCUAGGAGCCGUGAGACUGACGAGCCUGGCGUGUGGGGGCCAGCACGUGUGGGCCUGCGACUCCAGGGGAGGCGUGUACUUCCGUGUGGGGACCCAGCCUCUGAACCCCAACCUCAUGCUUCCGGCCUGGAUAAUGAUUGAACCGCCCGUGCAGCCCGUGGGGCUCACCUUGGUCAGCGUCCACUGCAGCCCCAACGACCAGAUGCUGUGGGCGCUGGACAGCAGGUGCAAUGUGCACGUCCGCGUGGGUGUCACCGAGGAGAUGCCGGUGGGGACCGGCUGGGAGCACGUGCCAGGGUUGUUGGCCUGCCAGCUGGCGCUCAGCAGCCGGACCGUGUGGGCCCGCUGCCCCAACGGCGACCUCGCCCGACGCUACGGUGUCACCGACAAAAACCCUGCGGGAGACUACUGGAAGAAAGUCCCUGGGAGUGUGACGUGUCUCACAGUGACCUCAUCGGAUGAGCUGUGGGCAGUGGGUCCCCCCGGCCACCUCCUCCAGAGGCUGACAAGGACUUUUAGCCACUCACACGGUGCCCAGAGCAGCCAGGCCGCCACCGCGCACCCCGAGGACCUGGAGGACGAGUGGGAGGUCAUCUGAAGGCGCCGGCGGCGGCAGAGCCGCUCAGGAGGGAGGAGGCGAGGCGGGCGGUGGACAUCAGGUUCCGCAUAGCUCACUCUUGGACACGCCUCGUCGGCCGGCGCUGGCCCAGACACGUCCGGCCAUGGUGGACGCCCACGCUUACUUCCAUCCAUGUUCGUUUCCAACCUGUUGCAGAACCCGCGGCCUCAGCCAACUGAUCACAGCUGUUGCCGGAGCAGCAGCGCCCCCGAGCCCUGUGCUGCCGCCUGUGAUCAGCUGUGGCUGCCGCCAGGGGCCCCUGUGCUGCAGCCACAUGUCCCUCGCUGACGUGCCCAGUCCCACUGUGGGACAGUGUGGCGAGCUGCCCGUGGGCAGCAUGAGUCAGCCAGGGCAGGGCUCUGCCACCACUGCCCGUGUCCCCAAGACAGCCCACCGCCUCCUGGGAGGGACACAGGCCCAGUACACAUUCCAUGCCGGACGCCCACAGGGUCCCCAGGCCACGUUUGAGAGGUGGGUGCCGGGCGUGCCAGGGAGGGGACCACGCUGCGCGCGCCACGGCAAGCCCAGGCCAGGGCACACUCGCCGCCGGGGAACGCCCUUCAGCCACCACACUAGAGACCAGUGGGUGACGUGGGCCUGGGCGUGCGGGGGCCCCCUGGCAGGGAUGGCAGGAAGCCGACGUCGGGGAGCGUGGCCGUGCUGGCUGACUGAGACCUGUCCGUGGAAUGGCGUGUGACCCGUGGGCAGUGGAGACCAGAGGCACCUUUAGAAGGUGAAUCUGCUAAUUAUCGCCUUUUUCCCUUAGUGUAUUACAAACCUGCAUAAGAUACCUCAUUAGAAAUUAAAUGUUACAGAUUUAGAAGAGAUGUAUUUUCUGAAGCCAGUGGAAGGCCUUUCCUUCCUUCCCCUGAUUUAACCCGAGCCUGCACCUUCCCGGAUGGUGGGCGUCACCUGCCUGUCCUCCACGCAGUGGGCAGUCACAGGACCUGCCACCGGCAGCCCGGCACCGUGUGGGCACUUGGGUUGACCGCCCCCCGAAGGUUGAAGCUGUGCCUGCUGCAGCCCCGCCAGACGCCCGGCCCUGGGCCGGCCCCCAGUGCCCGCACCUCGCCCGCUUCCCCAGUCCCCUCCCUCGUGGAAGCAGCUGCAGGCCGGGUAACCGCCCAGGGCCCAGCCUUGGGAGGCCGCUCUUUCCCUCAGCGAGGUUAUCAGGCCCCCAGGCCACAGAUGAAAGGCGGUGACGGACCGGCCGGCUGUGAACACGAGGGUCUUCCGGGGCUAAGUGAGGACGAGACGCUGAUCCCACACUUGGCAAUAUGCUUCAUUUGGACAGAACCCUCCUCUCACAGUCUGGGGACAGCAGAGGCCUCCCGGUGACUGCGGCACAUUGGCUGCAAACGGCACCCAGCCUUCCCCGACCCACAGGGCCCCUGUGUCUGGUUCAGUGUGGCCGAAUCACUGUCAGCUCCAGGGCUGGGUACGGUUUUCUUUCUGGUUUUUUUAAAAAGACUGAUUUUUAGAGAGAGGGGAAGGGAGGGAGAGAAACAGCAACAUGUGGUUGCCUGUCACGUGCCCCCUUCACCGGGAACCUGGCCCACGACCUAGGCUGUGCCCUGACUGGGAAUCAAACCAGCGACCCUUUGGUUCGCAGGCCGGCGCUCAAUCCACUGAGCCACACCAGCCAGGGCCAGUUUUAAUUCGAAGUUGAACUGUGAGACAGUGCGAUAACCCAGACUUUUUCGGAGCCACGACGAGGCGCCCUCCGCGGGCGCUCACGGAGGCCAGUGUGCCCGCCCGUCUGGGGAGACCCACCAACCAGACCCACUGCACGGGAUGUGUGAUCCUGUGACCCGCCGCGUUUACACGGGCCGCGGUCUGCCCGAGGUGGCGGUCCUGCAGGCAGGGUCACUCCCGGGGCGGGGCACAGAGCCAUUUCUCCCCAGGGGUCUGCGGGGGCUGGGCUGCUGCCAACGGCCUUCUGGGUUCAAACCCCGGGGCCUCCAAGAGACAAAACCAAACGUCAGACGUGCCCUCUGCAACCCAGCAUUCGGAGAAAGGUCACAUCCGUAACAGUUGUGUCCCCAGGAAUGACCGAGUAAGAAAUGUCACCCUCGGUUUGGGACGUGGCUCCGCUCCGCCCUGGUGGGCAGCUCAGCUGUGUGGAGUGUCGUCCCAAGGCACCAAGGUUGCAGUUCGAUCCCUGGUCAGGGAACAUACAGGAAUCAACCAGUGAAUGCGUACGUGGAAAACAAACCAAUGUUUCUCUCUCAAAGUCAAUUUAAAAAAAUGUUUUUAAAGAAAUGGCCAAGCUUCCCAGAAGACACCCAAGAAGACCAGAAUCUAAAUCUAGGAAGGGUGUCCCAUGUCGCUGAUGGAGGAGUCGGUUCCCUGGGGGACGCCCGUCUUAUCCUCAGGGGGUUAGGGUUUAACCCAGUCCGUCCAGAGUCCCCACUGGGAUUUUUCUGUUGGGGGCAGGCAGGGCGGAAUUCUAAAAUUGCGUCUGUCCCAUGGGUGCUGCUAGUCGCUCACACACAGCCCCCCGGGGUCGUGCCCUUCGCCCUGCGAAAACUCAGAGUCUAGGAAUCGGUGGGGGGUGGCGGGCAGCCCCGGUACUGGAGCCCGAGCUGGGGCCCUGGGCUGUGCGGGGCCCUCGACGGCCUGGGCGGCAGGGCUGGGGACGCCAGGCAGACCGGCCAGGCCCUGGGGGAGGUUGCGUGAUGCCGGUGGUGUCGGAGAUGGGGGAUGGGAGUGGGACUCCACCGCCCCCCAGCCCACCGCUCAGUCAUUUGCACGACACAAACCCUCACUAGACCGAGGAAGCUCAAGCCCGGGGAAGCGGUACAGGACUUCUGGAUGCAGGCCUUUCUACACUGGAAGUGGUGGGGAAAGCCAGAGGGAGCCAUGUUUAUCCAUUGUCAAAGUGCUGUAAAUUAAAAACCACACCUAAAACUAGGAGGCAGAAUACCGCCAGGACCGGGAUGUUGCACGUGCCCCCAAGCACUUACUCGCACUGGGAGCAGAGCCCCAGAGGCCGAUGGACCGGCACCGCUGCCGCAGGGCCCGGGGCGGUGGGUGGGGACCCCCGUCGGCACCGUCUCGGGGAAGCGCCUGGGAGUCCGGCAGCGGCAAAACCUUCCGACCACGAGCUGCACCCCCGACGCCCGUCCUCGGGAACCCUGCACACGGCCUGUUUCUCGUUGGGAACCGCCGACAUGCCGGGCGCGUCCCCUCGCGAAGUAGCGCCGCGCUCACCGACCACGGCCAGAGGCGGCCCGUUCCCGGCUCCAGGGCGAGAAGGUGGACUUUUCUGGGUGUGGCGGGGAUGGUGCGGUUCUCGAACCGUAGAGACGGGAGGGUGUGGGCCGGACGGUUCGCGAUCUGGGGCGCAGGCGGCGCAGGAAGCAGCGCCUUCACCACAGGAGCAGCGGGUCACGCCGGUUGCCUGGCGUACAUACUUUUUUGUAUCUUGUGAAUUUUGAGCCACAUAAAUGCGUUAUUUAUUCCAAAAAUAAAAUUUGCAUUGUAAAAGCUGGACCCUAACGUCGGCUCUGUGGCAGGACCCCGGCCGUGUCAGGUGUCACGGAACAGUCACCAGAAGCUUCUGGAAGGCCGUGUGCGCGGCGCGUUUCACCACGCAGGGCGGUGCGCCCACGGCAGCAAGUGCAAAGGUGCUGAGUCGUGCGGGGACCUAGU